AUGGGCAAGCCGAAGGGGAUUCGCACUGCGCGCAAGCUGAAAAUGCAUCGUAAGGCGCAGCGCUGGAGCGACAAGAGAUACAAGAAGGCAAAUCUGGGCACGCGAUGGAAGGCGAAUCCGUUCGGAGGUGCCUCACACGCCAAAGGGAUCGUUCUCGAGAAAGUAGGCGUCGAGGCGAAGCAGCCGAACUCGGCCAUUCGCAAGUGCGUUCGUGUGCAGCUUAUCAAAAAUGGCAAAAAAAUUACCGCAUUUGUGCCGAAUGACGGAUGCUUAAAUUUCAUUGAGGAAAACGACGAAGUGCUUGUAGCUGGUUUUGGUCGAAAGGGUCAUGCGGUGGGUGACAUUCCUGGCGUACGUUUCAAAAUUGUCAAAGUUGCGAACACAUCGCUGAUUGCGUUGUUCAAAGGGAAGAAGGAAAGGCCACGCUCAUAA